CUCUUUCCCAUUUUCAAACACACCACAAAAGCCCUAUUAUUCUCUUUCCAACCCCACACCACACCUCCCCUGUCUCCCUCUCUCUUUCACACACACACAAUCAAUCACACAUAUUUCCAACUGUGUAUGUAUAGGUGACCAACUGUGUAUGGCGCCCAAGGAAAAAUUGGCCGGCGGAGCUGUGAAGGCCACCGCCACCGCCGCCGCGAUCGGCAAAGAGGCGCAUUUUAGAGGCGUACGGAAGAGGCCGUGGGGCCGCUACGCUGCCGAGAUCAGAGAUCCCGCGCGCAAGAGCCGCGUCUGGUUGGGGACCUUCGAUACGGCGGAGGAGGCGGCCAAAGCCUACGACACCGCCGCCAGAGAGUUUCGCGGUGCUAAGGCCAAGACUAAUUUUCCUCAACCGGAAGAGAAUAAUAAUGUGAAGAUCAAUGAAAUCAAGAAAGUGAAUUGUAAUCGGAGUCCGAGUGAGAGCAGUACCGUCGAGUCUUCGAGUCGCGAAGGCUUCUCUCCGGCGCGGAUGGUCGAUUCGUCGCCUCCGCUCGAUCUCAGUCUCUCUCACGGCGGCGGAUUUACCGGAUUCGGCACCGCCGCCUCUAGGUUUCCGUUUCAGCAACCUCAGUUUCAUGCUUCUCCGCCGAUCGGAGUUUUACCUACGGCCGCGAAUCAACUCUUCUAUUUUGACGCGAUUUUGCGGUCAGGGAGGAUGAAUCAGGACUUUCUUCGAGAUCUCCAAAACCAGCGGAUGAAGGCGGCGGCGGAGUUCCGCGUCGCCGCUCACGGCGGUGGGGCACAAAGCGACUCCGACUCAUCAUCUGUGAUUGACUUAAACCUCAACGACGUGAAGCCACACAGAGCCCUAUGCAUCGAUCUCAACCAUCCUCCGCCGCCUGAAACCGCCUGACAACCCCCGCCGGCGACGGCGUGAUCUCAUUUUUUCGGCACUUGUUUAUUUUCAAUUUUAAUCUUCUAUAAUUAGUUUUCGGUGAUCUCUGAUCUUCCGGUCAACGAUCACCGUAGGAUCUGAUCUUUUUUGCAACAGAGAAAGUCUCUCGCUGUUGUUGGUAGCCAAGCACUGAUGUGCGUCUGAUGUAAUCUCUACUUAAAUCAAAAUUUUAUGCAAUGAAACAGCUGAUUAUUUUCCCGACA